AUGCGAACACUUCGUAAAAUAGCGAGACAAUCGUUCGUGGAACGGACUUCAUUACAAAAAGUAACGAUGACUUCGGUGCAAGCAGCCAAAAAAGCACUUAGGAAAAACGUUGAAGAGAAAAUUUUAAAAAUUUUACCUGAAGAUAAACGGAGACAAUCGUCGAAAGUUUGCGAAAAGUUGUUUGAACAUCCAGCUUUUAAAAAUAGCGAACGAAUAUCUGUUUAUUUAAGUACUGAUAAUGAAAUAGAUACUGAACCGAUUGUUAGGAAAAUUUUCGAAUUAAAUAAGAAAUGUUAUGUUCCAAGAUACAAUAAAAAUGUUAUGGAAAUGGUCCGUUUAAAAGAUAUGGAAGAUUGGAAAAAUUUACCACUGACUAAAUGGAAUAUAAAGCAACCCGAUUUAAAAGAAACCCGAGAAAAUGCACUAGAAACAGGAGGAUUGGAUCUCAUUAUUUUACCCGGCGUCGCUUUUACUAAAAAAGGUGUUCGUUUAGGUCACGGAAAAGGAUAUUACGAUAAAUUCCAAUCGGAACUUUUUAAAAUUCAAUCUAAACGUCCAUCAACAAUAGCUCUUGCAUUUAAAGAACAAAUUCUAGAUGAAAUUCCAACUCAUGAACACGAUGUAACACUUGAUCUGAUUUUAUUUGAAUAAUUACAGCAAAAUUAUAAUUUUAUGUUUGUAUUUAUCGUUUGCAAUCAUUUUCGUUCAAUUCUAAGACAAUAAAUUUUAAUACAAUUUUAUUAAAAA